AUGAAGCUUUUCCUGGUCGUUUUCUUCUGUUUGGUCGCCGGAGGAACUUCAUCUUUUACCGAUGAGAUGAACGCCGUCGAGAAGGAAAUCCAAGGCAAGGCCGACCAAGCGACGUCGUGUCUCCGGGAGAACAUCAACUACGAGAUCAUGAAGAUGAUGUUGAUGGUGAGAUUUUGGUAUUCUUGCAUCGGGAUCAAUCAAAAUCAUUUAGACUAUAGAAAAAGUACAAUAUUGCUUUGAUUAAUCGCUCAGGUGGUUCUUCUAGAUCUAGAGAUCGAAUUUUUAAAGAUUAAUCAGCUAAAAAAAUAUCAAUUUUGACAGGAGGAAUCCUUGGCCCAAAUGGCACGCGAGCUGCUCAAAACGCAGACUUUGUCCGCCAAGUUCUACGAAAACAUUGUCCGCACAAUCACUCACAAAACUUUCGAAUUGGUCAACAAACAGAACAAUUGUCAAUGUAAGCUGGGUGAGUUCAAAAAUAACUAAAUAAAGGAAAAUCAAUUUCUUUUUUUUCAGCUCAAAUCUGA